AUGACAAAAUAUUUGGAUCCAUUGACAAUGAUUACCAACAAUUGUGAUCUGUAUUUGUCUGACCAGUCAUGCGAUGUGAUACUAGUGCUCGGAUCGGUCCGCAUACCGGCGCACAAGAGGAUACUGACCGCUGAGAGCGACUAUUUUCAGGCAAUGUUUACCAAUCAGAUGUUGGAGUGUUCGCUACAAGAGGUGACACUCUGUGAGAAACUUCAUCAGCCCUUCCUGUUUACAUUGAAGACGGCUUAUGGUCUGAAAAUAUCGCACCGGGAUCUAAAAACACUGUCUUUCAGUCAACUGUUCGAUGCCAUAAUAGUAGCCAACAAAUAUCAUUUCAAACGAUGCGAAGUUUAUAUCACUGACCUGUUUAUGGAUAAACUACAGCACAGUUACACCGACUACCUGUCCAUAUGUGAUGUCAAUAGCACAGAGCCGUUGUAG